UGCUGGCACUCUCCGGCCGCAGCAGCUCUCUCGCCCGAUCGAUCAGUCGGUCUCCUCGAGCAUUCGAGUGCAUGCGUAGGGUUCGAUCUCGAUCUUGUAGACAUUCGAACUCGAUCCGAUUCAGUGAUGGAUCCUCCCUUCCUCCCUCCCUCCCUCCCUCCCUGCCUCCCUCCCAUGGAACGGCAGCAUUGGAAGCUCUGGUGCAUUGCAUGCACAGCUUUCGGAUUCAUUUCGGACCUGCUGCUGCUGCCUCGUGGCCUCUCAGCUAAAUAUUUGAUCGCUGCUCUCUAUGACGAUGAUCGCGACGAGGAGGAGGAGGAGGAGAAGCGUGUUGUGAUCGAGUUCGUUGCAGAAAAUCCACUCGACGCUUGAGCUCCAGAGAGAGAGAGAGGGAGGGAGGGAUUGUAAUUCUUGACGUGGAGGAAAAUUGAGGGAGGGAGGGAGGGAGCAUGAGAAAUCGGAAAUGCUCGGACAUGGAGGGAGGGAGACGAGACGGCCAAGGUGCGGAUGAAAGAGGCGCAGGGCAGGGCAGGACAGUGCCAGGGCCAGCGGCGAAUCAUGCGAUCAUCGAUUGUAACUGCCGCGCCUCUAAUUGUACUCGCUCCAUCCUCUGUCGUACCUUCCUUCCUCCCUCUGCCUCGCGCUUCAUCCACAUCUCUCAUCGCGGCGAGCAUUUGCGCGCCAGCUCGCCGUGGUCGCCGCUGCAACAAGAGCCAGCCUCAAGAGCAAGCAAGCGUCGGGUGGAUUCCGAUGUCGACAUCUCGACCAUCGUGCAGCAGACUUCGGCAGGCAGGCAGGCAAGGAAAGCAGAGAUGGAGCGAGGGAGCGAGGGAGCGAGGGAGCGAGUGGUGUUGAUUUCUGUGCGGGAUGUGCACGAGCGCCUCGAAGCGCGUAUCGUGGCGAUCGUGCCCGGGACGGUGAAUGAAUGAAUGAAUGAAUGAAUGAAGCACGAAGCGUCUCGAUCGUGGUUUGCUAUGGAGCGACAUCGAGAGCUGCAAUUCGAGCGCGAGAGAGACGAAUUGGACGGAGCAUCGAUCCAUGGGGGGCCGAAUUCAAUCACGUGCACCCGUGGGUGUCCGAUGGAGUGACGAGAAUCACUCGGCCGAGGACUUACGAAGCGGAGCGCCUCGGACUUCGAGACUCGAUGGUGCAAUCCGUCCCCGCCCUCGGUGCAGUCGCAGGUGUUGUUCGCUCCGUAGAGCCGAUCGAUCGAUCGAUCGAUCGCUCGCUCGAUGGCUCGACAUCCCGACACUCGCUCCGAGGCCUUGCCCGUACUCAUAAAUGGGGGCACCCCGCGCGUGAUUCGACCCACCGCCUCCGAGUCGCCGCUACAGAAGGUGCCCAUGAAGACUGAUCGAGCUCCGAUCGGAUCCCGACGUGAUCGAGUAACGCCCGAUCGAGAUCGAGAUCGCCAGCAUCGAGGCACUCGUUGUACCUUCGACGCUAUUCUGCCCUCCAUGACAUUUGCCACUGCAGCGAAUUCAGUGCAAAUGGCAAAUCUUCCUUUCUUUCCAUGUUAGCGACCGGAUCCUCAUUCGAAUGAAUGAAUCGAAUGAAUUCACUGACAGCACGGGGACCUGAUCGACCUUCUUCUUCGUAAUCUUCUUCAUCUUCACUCCAAUCGCUCCAUGAGGCUCUCUUUCAGUCGGAGAUGACAUGAUCGAGCGAUUUAUUGUAAUUUAAUGGACACGCAAAGAUCCGAUCGUCGUGUAUCGUGACAGCAAGUGAAAUGGACCGCAAAUUCUCUGACUUCGAAGGCUCGAGGGCUUGUCGAUACGCUCACUCGCCGCUGCACCAUAAAUUACAUCUGACAGAAAGCUUGAAGUCCGCAUGCUCUUCGAACAAAGAAACGUCGAGUCCAAAGAAUAGGACGGGAUACAAACGACAGAAGGCAAACACUCCUCUGCCACUCCGUGCCAUGAUGGUGAGAAUUCCAAACGAGAGAACUCAGAUGCACAUCGUCCCCAGGCGCAGUUCUCGAGGCCAGUCCCCAGGACAGAAUGAACUUUUCGGGCGACAUCAUGCACCACAUUCGCACUCUCUGUGGAAAAACAUGACAAUUGCUCGUCUUCUUAUGACUCGCUGCUCAAGCCUAUUUAGCUCAAUCUGUCCAUGGUUCAGAGCAUGUUCCAGCCUCAAUACAUUAGCUGCUCUGCGCCAUCUCCUGCUCUGGAGGGCCGGCCAGUCAAGUCACACACAGGGAGCUGAGCACAGGGAGCUGAGCUCACCUGACACAGAACCAUACGACUGGGAGAAAGCCGUGCUACUGGAGUCUCUGUAAACAACCGAGUUCCACUCGGGGAGGCUAUGGAACUUAUCUUCAGCCGGUAGAUAGAAGAGGUGAAAACUCCGUUUUAGCUUUCAAGUGGCUUCAAAUCUUCGACCAAUCUUCAUAACCGGAGAACAAGCUGCGUGCGUGGUGAGCAGUUGGGUACUCCAGUCUGAUACGUAAGUUUAGAGUACACCAAUUGCAGUAGAAUGCAUCACUGACACUGACAGCGACACAUUCAGGAAAGCAGCGUUUUCAAACCGUCUGGCUGGUGUGAUCACGAGCACCACUGGGUCAGGUGAACUACUGCGUGAUCAGACUCGGAGCAGGUCACGUGGAGGGACUAUGAAGAAACAAAGUUCACUCACACGUGUUCCGAUCGAGCUCAUCGGAAUUUGGGCACUAAAUGACAUCGACUUGCAUGUUCGCUUAAGACAGCAAGUUUGUGUUGCUCAAAUGUUGCUCAAACUUUUUGGAGGUUCUUACACGAUGGAGGAAGUUGGAGGAAAAUUAACCAGGCCUAC